CUUUUGCGGCUCCCUCGGUGGAACGCUGGCGGUUUCGAGCGGGAGAAUCGGAUCCUUCCAGAGAAGCUGUCGGGCGAGGGGCAUGUUGCGUCGCGUGUUCUCUUUGAGACGCUUUUUGCUGUGAACGAGUGCGGGUGUUUUUUUUAUUAUUUUCGGCAUUUUUUGUUUGGCGCCAAAGUCCCGCAGCUGCGGCGGCGCCUCCGCACUCCCCAAGGCGGGGGUCGGCGCCCUCCCGGGCCCUCGGAAGGCAGAGUGCCCACAGUUCUGGACGCCGAAACGGACCGCCUUGGAGCGGUGCGGGGCCUUGCUGCUUCGCCGCCUCGCACAGCAGCGACCAACGCGUCUUCGCAACGUCGCAUUUGCUCGCUCGAAGGGGCGGUGCUCCCGAUCGGUGCCGGCGGAGGCGGCAAGCUGCAGCCGCGCCAGGGCAGUCUACGCCCCGCGCGCCGCCGGUUCGCCGGUUGCGGCGGCCGAUGGCCAACCGACCGCCACAAAGGAGCGCGCCGACGCCUUGGCGCGAGUGUGCGCCGCCACGUCUGA